GUACGCCUUUAAUCCCAGCAUUUGGGAGGCAGAGGCAGGCAGAUCUCUGAAUUCCAGAUCAAACUGGACUACAAAGCUAGUUCCAUGAUAGACCACAGAGCUGUCCAGGGCUGCAGAGAGAAACUGUCUCAAAAAAACCUACACAUACACACACAUACAGAGAGGUAGAGUGGAAUCCUUACUGCCUUUGAACCUCCAGAAGAACCCUUCCUCUAAACUUCAUGAAUUGGACCUAAUAUGCAAUGUUUCAGCAUUAAAAGGUGGGCCCUUUGGGAAAGAGAGUAAGCCCUGGGGCUUUGGUUUAAAAAAAAAUGCAACUAGUGUGUUUUGUGUGUGUGUGUUUUGUUUGGUUGGGGUUUUUUUGGCCUAGUGUUCUUAAGAUGUUUACAAGGGAACCCUUAUCUUAUGCAUUCUUUUCCCCUCCUAAGGUCUCCUGCUGGAAGCUCAGACAGAAUCCUUAGCACAAACAGAUCCACUACUUAAUAGAGUUCUCAGCCUCCAGAACUGUAGGAAACAACUUUCUCUUGGGUAUAAAAUAAUGAGUCAUUGGUAUUUUGCUAUAGCAGCUCAAAAACUAAAAGACUCAUUGAGAUAGGCCACUACCCAUUUUUCUUUUCGAUGUCUUUAAAGAGAGCUAUUGCUCUCUGGGACUAGGCCUUGAGCUCAUUAUGUAGUCCAGGCUGGCAAAAUCCACAAAACUGUAACCUUUUAAAUAAAACUUUAUUAAGAGCAUUUAACUGGCUCUAACAUAUACAUUCUUAAGAAAACUUGGGACUCCUCUGGGCAUUGUUCUAAUUUAUUGUUUGUUUACAAUAAAUUAUUAACAAUUUAUUAAUUGUUCUGGUUGGUAUGUAUGCAUGCAUGUAUGUAUGUAUGUAUGUGUGCAACCCCAGCUGGCCUCCAACUUACUAAAUAGCCAAGGCUGACCUUGGACAACUGGUCCUUCUGAUCCAUCUUCUAGGGGCUAAAAUUCUGGGCAUGUACCACCACAUCCAACUCACAAUUGAUACAUUCUCAAUGCUGGCUAAGGAAACAACAGGACUUUCCCAAUUACUCGGGCCUUAUCCUGUCUUUCAGCCAAGGCUCAUCAUAAAUAUUCUCCAACUCCUAAGGUUUUCGUGGGUCUUGUUGAGGUGAAAGUUAAAGACCUGAAGGCUGGCCAGCAUUCUUCUCUUUAGUUGCCACGCAGCGGCGGAAAGAGCCGAGCGCGCUCGGCCGCAUUCGCCGGCCCUCCUAGGCGACGUCGUCAGGGGGCGGGGCUCGUGCCGGCACGCUCGGCGCGGGGCAUUGUGGGAAGGGCGGCCGGUGCUGCCACAGCUGCCAUCUUAGGGACUCCGGGCCGGGCCUGCUAGGCCUUCGCGGCGGAGGCGGCCGUGUGCGUGGCGGGUGCGCUUGGGGCGAGGCGGAGGGUCCGCGGGCGGGGGGCCGCGCUUCCCAGCGGCGAGGGGGCGGCCUGCGGCGGGCAGCGGGCGACAGGCGGCGGGCGCCGCGCGGCGCGAGGAUGGGCCGGUCGCGGAGCCGGAGCUCGUCCCGCUCUAAGCACACCAAGAGCUCCAAGCACAACAAGAAGCGCAGCCGCUCGCGCUCGCGCUCGCGGGACAAGGAGCGGGUGCGGAAGCGCUCCAAGUCCCGGGAGAGCAAACGGAACCGGCGGCGGGAGCGCGCCUCGUCCCCGCCCGACCGCAUCGACAUCUUCGGGCGCACGGUGAGCAAGCGCAGCAGCCUGGACGAGAAGCAGAAGCGCGAGGAGGAGGAGAAGAAGGCGGAGUUCGAGCGACAGCGAAAAAUUCGGCAGCAGGAAAUAGAAGAAAAACUCAUUGAGGAAGAAACAGCACGAAGAGUGGAAGAAUUGGUAGCAAAAAGGGUAGAAGAAGAAUUGGAGAAAAGGAAGGAUGAAAUUGAGCGAGAAGUUCUCCGAAGGGUUGAAGAAGCCAAACGCAUCAUGGAAAAGCAGUUGCUCGAAGAACUCGAGCGACAGAGACAAGCUGAGCUUGCAGCACAAAAAGCCAGAGAGGAGGAAGAGAGAGCAAAGCGUGAGGAACUGGAGCGGAUAUUAGAAGAAAAUAACCGGAAAAUCGCAGAAGCACAAGCCAAACUGGCUGAAGAACAGUUGAGAAUUGUUGAAGAACAAAGAAAGAUUCAUGAGGAAAGGAUGAAACUAGAACAAGAACGACAGCGUCAGCAAAAAGAAGAACAAAAAAUUAUCCUGGGCAAGGGGAAGUCCAGGCCAAAACUGUCCUUCUCACUAAAAACCCAGGAUUGAAUGGCAAACUCUGAACUUUUUGCAAAGAAAAAUGAAAAAACUUCGUAUUGUAGCUUCAUGUUGAAGUGGUUUUUUUGUUUUUGUUUUCUUUUUUCCUUUUUUUUUUUUUUUUUUUUAAUUUGGAAAAUCUGGAAAGUUAGCUUGUUCUAAUAGGGGCUAUGCUCUGCAAUCCCUUUAUUUUCCCUCUUUUCCUUCAUUAAGUCAAGUCCUUAUCAGAUCAUUGCUGUCUUGUAGACGUGGUGUAUUUUGCACCUGUUGGGAUUCUGUACUGGCUGGGCCUGCUGAAGAGCAGGUCACUUGGUGACUGGCUGGUCUGGUAAGGUGUUCACUGACCACUGACUUCGGAGUUAUACUCUGUUUACUACGUCAUAAUGCUGGUUUUGCUGACUUUUUGUUUUUUUAUGCAUUUAUAAAAAAAGAAAAAGUUGGUAAUUGCAUUGCAAAAUUCCCAGGGUUUGACUGGACCUGCGGUGUUGUUAGAGCAGUGUCCUUGGGAUGCUGUGGUUCUUGAGGUUCCUGACAACAGGUAAGGAAACAGUUGGUCACCUGCUACAGAAAUAACCUGCAGUGCAGCAUUGUCUCUCUCGGACUUUUGUUUCUUUCAUUGACAAAAUCAAACCAGCAUUCCCCAUUGUAAAUAAAUGAUUUUGCUGAAUAAAGUAAAGUCUUAAAUUCAUAUGUUUAAGCAAUUUUUAUUAAGUUCUGUUAAGUCUGGAGGGUGGUUUCCUUUUAGAAGCCUUAGAGCUGUACUAUAUUUCCUCUGGUUCAUACUUUUCACAGGGUUUCUAUGUACACCAUAUAUACUUGUGAAUUAGUACUUACUGGCUAUUUUUGCAGACACUACUUUAUGCUGAUAAAAGAAUUAUAACAUCAAGUAUUAUCUUUGGAAUAUACUAAACCUGUGCCUCUGUUGUAGAAAUUAUACUUAAUAAACACUAGAAAGUA